AUGUUGGCCGUGAAGCCCGAUAACAAAAAGAAGGAAGUUGACGUGAAAUUGGAUGGGGAAAUGGCAGAAGUUUGCAAAAUGCGUUAUGAAUCUGUAAGAGUAAUAAUGUGUACUCUACGUUUUUCCGUCAAUAUAUACAGUAAAAUGCUGAUCGCUAAUCAUCUCAGGAAUUACUCUGGAUGACCAAGAACAGUGUCCCGAUGUUCAAAUUCCUGUCGGCGGAUGAUAAAAACCGAAAUUGGUCCUUUUGUUUCAAUCCAGUAAGCUUACGUUUUAUAGUUUCCUGACCGUAUACCAGGAACUUCCCCCCUUCAACAGUGGUUCUUUCCGUCUUUCGGUGCUCCUUCCUUUCAAUUACCCAUUCAAACCCCCUUCUAUCAACUUCAUGACUAAGAUCAUGCAUCCCAAUGUCGACGAGGCAGGAAAUAUGAGUAUCCCCGGUCUAAAGUCAGAAGAAUGGAAGCCAACUAUGACCAUCAGAGAUGGUAGGUACAUCACAGAAAGAGUAACCAAAUUUUUAUUCAGUUUUAAUUCGAGCAUCCCAAACGAUCCUGGAUUUGGAUUCGAAUCGCCCCCUCCGAGCUGAUAUCGCAGACCUUCUUGCUUCCAACGAACCCGUCUUUAUGCAGAGGGCCAUUGAAUAUACCAAAAAGUUUGCUGAAAAACGAUAA